AAAACAUGAAAAGGGUCAUCGUAAAGGCUGCUGAAUAAAGUCAUAGUAUAGCAUGUGAAAAGAAUGAGGAUGAGAAUAAUGAGGAAGUCACCUAAGCUUGCAAGUAUUAAAUGUAUCAUGGUUAUUUGUGGUAAAGAUCAUGCUUAAACAUAGAUGUGCAUCAAAGCUCACAGGGACAUCAAAGGACUCCCUGUGGCCUUUUGGUUUGUGGAGACCAGCGGCUCCUCAGCUGAGAUGUUCUUUUUAGCACAACACCUUUUCCUUCAUUAAAUACUUAUGAUUUUAUCUGUUCAUUCCAAGAUCUCUUCCGUCCGUCUGGUUUUUCUUCAUUUUUUGAACAUAACACUAGUAACAAUGAAGGUUGACGGGACGUCAAAGAUGACACGUCCAAGAUGGCUGACAGUUUGUGUACCUGCCCCAUGUGAACACAAUGGAUGACUAAGAGACGAGGCUGACUGAUGUUCUCAUUCCCUUCACCUGGUCCUCAGGUCGUCCUCAACCUGCAGCCCAUUCCCUCAUUAGUCCCUCACUCACAGGUCCCCUCACUCGUCCUCUGCCACCCGUUCUCAAUACCUAAGAUGGUGAGAAUGGACUAUGUACUAAAUACUAUGACAAAUUAACAUCAUAGUAUUUAAUAACUAUGAUACAGUGAUCAUGGAGGCUACAGUUAGAUAGGUGACAUCAUUGGUGAUUAACAUAGUAUUUAAUAACUAUGAUCCAGUGUUCAUGGAGGCACCAGUUAGAUAGGUGACAUCAUUGGUGAUUAACAUAGUAUUUAAUAACUAUGAUCCAGUGUUCAUGGAGGCUACAGUUAGAUAGGUGACAUCAUUGGUGAUUAACAUAGUAUUGAAUAACUAUUACGCAGGGAUCAAUAGUUCUAGUUAUAUUUACACUUUCAAACACUGAAAAAUAAACAUUUUCAAGCAUUUGCAAGCAUCUGACAUUACAUAUCUUACAGAGAAAUAUACAAUAAUUCAUAUGUGGAAUUUUUAUUUAUUAUUACAAUUCAGAGCUUCAGAGCUUUAAAGCUGAAGUUCUGCUCAAUGACGUUUUCCUCAGGUCAUUGUUAGUUUUAAUGCACAAUUAUACUGUAGACCAUAUCAAGCUGCACUCUGUAGAUACAGACAAUACCUUAAAGUUACAUUUACAAGUUCCGACCCUGUUUGUUUGCCUGUGGGACUGAUCUCCCGCUUUCACUUUAUUUGCUUUUCUGUUUCCAAGUUGUGCUUUUGGGUUCAAGUACCUGUCCUCCUUACACCUGUACUGCAAAGCCACAGGUGAGCAGUAACGACAGAGUAGUUCAAAAGAUAAAGAACAUAGAGAUGAUUACAUUACAUUUAGCUGAUGCUGAUGAACUUGUAAUAAAUAAGAGCCAUUAUAAGCAUAAGUUAAGUGCUAUAGUUAGUGUUUAGUGGAGGUGUAGUCUGAAGAGGUGUGACUUUAGUCUGAAGAUGUAGAGGCUCUCUGCGGUCCUGAUGUCAUCAGAGAGCUCAUUCCACCAUUUAGGAGCAGGUCUUGUCUGGGAUGAUCUUCAGGUGGUGAGUGGCCAUCCACCGAGAGAUGUCAGUCAGACUGGCAGAGAGAAUUAGUUGGGUGUCAUCUGCAUAGCUGUGGUAGGAGAAACCAUGCGAGCGAAUGACAGAGCUGAGAGAUUUGAAUGAUGAUGAUGACAAAAAAUGAGGUCUCACCGUCCUUUUCUCAAGUUGGAGAUGAUGUUCUGUCUGUUUUUCUAAAUGUAUUAAUCCAUGAGCUCAAUAAACGUAAGCCCCUUACUGAAUGGACUCAAUGAACGUGUCUCAACACUGAGAAAGUGAAAACUACAAGAGAUGCACAGCGAGACCAAAUGGCAAAAUGCGGGGGGGGGGGGGGUGGUGUUCUUCAAAAGGCUUGCCCCAGAGUCACUAGAGGUGGAGCAGGUGGAGGAGGCCAGGCUCUGGCCUUAAAGGUCUUUAUGAAUGCUCCCUCUCUUUUAUAUAUGAUCUUUUCAAAAGUAAAUCUGUGCGUGAGGGUUUCUGCGUGUUGAGAGGAGCGCAGUGCAGAACCAACCUGUUUGACAGUAGUGAGAACAACUAGUCUACCAUCGUCUGACACUUUUAGACGUAAUGAAAUGUCGACAUGACAAUUGAAGACAUUUAUAGGGAGGCUGGAAAGCCCCUCACUAUGAGAGGAAUUCAAGUGUAGGAGGAAGUGAUCGUGUGAACUUAUGGAAGGAUUAUGAUUGAAACGCUUCAGCAUUCCAACAAAGUAUCACAUUAUGGGAGGAACCUUUCAACCACAUUAACAGCUCCUGGAAGGAGAAGAAGCUGCUCAGCAUGAAAGAAUCCAGUGGAGGACGAUUGACAGGUUGAUUGUCACAAACACACUUUCGUGUCCGAUGCCACCAGGACAGAAUGUUGAGGGACCAGUUCAAUAGAAUCCAGAUGUAACUCAAUAACCCCACGAAUGCAAUCUGACGGUGUCAAAGUGACAUCAGUCUUCUGGGCGUGAAGAGAAGCAGCAGCAUAAAGAACGGAGACGGAGACACAGAAGGCACAUCUUCCUGAGAGACAUCACUGACCUCCAUCCUCAGAGCUCCAUCUCCCUGCUGCUCCACCCGACCUCCACAAGAGUCUCUCCACCUGCUGCUGCCUCUUCUCCACCAUGAAGACAGGUGCUCUGCUCCUCCUGCUGGCAGUUGCUUCCAGCCAGGUGGACGUCUCCAUGUCCCAAGCAGCAAUAUUUAAUAUUUCUGGUGGAGUGGUGAACAUCAGCUCGUGUCCCAUCACCUUCUAUGGACGCUCGUUCUCAUGGGUGGACGUGAGGUUGACGGAUUCUCUGGUGGUUUGUUUCAUGGACGACGCCGACGAUCCACCUCAAGACUGUCUGACGCUGAAUGAAACGUUGGGAUUAAACGGGGUGCAAGUGGAGACACUUAUUAUAGAUGUACCAGCAGCUGGAUUUAAACUGCUCAACAUAGAGGGAAUAUCAAUAUGCUAUUGGCUUUUUCUAUUCCAAAAAGAUAAUAUCACUAAGUUGAUUGUUUACAACUUUAACUUUGGACCGCAAACAUCUAUGUUCCUUCAGGCUAUGACUCCACCUGACUCUUUGCUGACUGCGAAGGUCGGGAACCUGACUGUGGAUUCAUGGACCCUUAGUGCUGAACAACUGACUCAAGGUUUUUCCGCUGAUUUGAGCUCCUGCAGAAACUCAGGUGUCCCUUUACGAUACGGUGAGACUUCAUUGGACCCACAGAACUGUUCCAGUAGAACCUGCAAUACGUCUGCAGUCCUCGGUCCCGUACGUUCAUGUGAACCUGGAGAGCUUUGCCUCGGCAACAACACGUGUGAACCCCCCCUCGCCCCCCCCUCUGUGUGCACCGUGACUGGCUCCACCCUCAUCGACUUCCACGGCGAGGUCCACUCGGUGGAGGAUCGCUGUGAAUACGCUCUGAUGAAGCCUGGAGGAGGACCUGGUGUGGUUCUCAUCGGGGGGUUCCGUGAGCGACGCCGUACAGAUGUGUCCUUCUUGGACUACUUGACAAUAAGUCAGACAGCUGGAGACAUUCAUCUGGAACAAGGUGGAAGAGUGCGGGUUGGUGACCAGAUCCUGGAUCUCAACACCACGACUCAGCGGUUCUACGGCGUGGAGCUCUCCAAGGACCAGACUGGAGUGACGGCCAAGCUGUCUGCCCCCAACAUGACGGUUGUGUUUGAUGGCAACACGGCACACGUGUCAGGACCAAUGGUUUCCUUAGAGGGUUUGUGUGGUAACCCCACUAAUAAAAGCUCGACCACCACCUUGAGUGCUGAACGGAUCUCAUCGGCUGGCUGUGACACUCUGCACACCGAGACCGUCGACAGUUCCAUCACCUGCAGCCGCUCAGCUGACCGCUGUGAGCUCCUGAAUCAGCCCCCCUUCGAUGCUUGUCACCAACACAUCGACACGGACGCCUACGUGGCCGCCUGCAACAACACUUUGUGCGUCUACCCGGCGGUGGACGGUCUCCACUGCCAGUUUCUGGAGGCCUACGCCGAGUCCUGCAGCCUGAAGGACGUCCCACUGGGCGACUGGAGGACAACGGUCCAAUGCCCUGCUGUCCCUCAAGUCUCCUGUCUGGACCAGUACUGCAGUGAGCACGAGUUCUGUGGAGAUCGGCUCGGUGAAGCCAGCUGCUUCUGUCGGGCCUUGUUUGCCUCCAAGUUCAACCCGACCAACACUUUAGGCGAGCCGACAGUCUGCACGCAGAACUCUGCCACUGUGACUCUGGCUGAAUGUCUGCUGCAGGACCGAGGCAUCAACUCCUCCGUCCUCCACCUCAAUGACCCCAACUGCAAAGGUCACUUGGACCCACAAACCCACAUGGUGGAGUUCAGCUUCAACAGUGGCCACACCUGUGGGGCUGAGGUUUCGAUGAACAACAGCCAAAUCCUCUACAAGAACACCAUCAUGACGAGGAACGCCUCUCAGAACGGCAUCAUCACCCGGAAAGACCAAGUACAGAUCGACUUCUCCUGCUUCUACACAAAGCCAGACGUCCAGAGCCUGUCCUUCAGGAUCAAAGACAGCUCUGUGGUACUGCAGGUCGUAUCCGGAGCUUGGAACUACACCCUGACGAUGGCCGCCUACACCGACGGAGGACUCCAGAACCUCGUGGAGUCGAGCAGCGAGCUCCAGCUGAACCAGAAGGUGUGGCUGCAGCUGAGGACGGACGGGCUGGACGGCGACACGGUCGCCAUAGUGACCGACUCCUGCUGGGCCACCACCCAGCCGUCCACCGACAGCAGCCCGCGAUACGACCUCGUCAUCGCCGGAUGCCCCAGCAAAGCCGACCAGACAGUGAGGGUGGAGGGAAACGGACUGGGAACCUCCACCGUCUUCUCUUUCAACGUGUUCCAGUUCUCUGGAGAAACAUCUGCCAUCUACCUGCACUGCAAAGUGGAGCUGUGCCCCAAAGAGGGAACAACCUGUGCUCCGACCUGCCCUGCAAGCAGUAAAAGGAGGCGCAGGUCUUCCAGGUCCAACACUGCAGAGGGAAACCCAGCCCUCAUCACUAUGGCCUGGAGUAAUUAAAGACCGCUCCCCUUCUGACCUUUGACCUGCUGAUUCCUGACAGAAGUUCCAUCAACCAGCCUUAAACCUCACGGCUCUUCAACAGAUGUUUGAAGAUGUUGCUGCUGUGAAACAACGCUGGCAGGUCUUCAUUUGGUCACCUGGGAAGAUGCUUUCAUUCAUUCUUUAUAUAUCCAAUGAUUCUUGCUAAUUAUUACGAGAUUUAGAAAUGUAACAUAAUCUCUCGUGAAAUAAAUGAUAGAAAAAUAGAAUGAAAAACCAAUCAAGAGGGUUUUACGGUUCUGGUACUUUAAAUACGUAUUAAUUCACUUCUUUAAACAGCCUAAAUGAACGUGCUGUUGUUUAUUAUGUUAUUAAACCAACAUGAGCGUCAAUGAUUAUUUAAUGUUUUAUUCUAAACUUCUAAAUCCAAAGUUGUCAAUGUAAAUCUUUCAAUGGAAACAUUGGCGACAUCCAGUUAGAACCAAGUAGAUGAAACCAAUCAGCCUCAAUGUGCAACAUAAAACAUUUACUUAUGGAAUUGUUGUUGACUAUCUGUAUUCUGCAAUAUGCAGUUGGGUUAGUGGAGCAUCGUUGAGACCUUGAAUCUGAUAUUCUCAGGAAAGUUUGGGUCCAGUGAAGUUACGAGAGCUGAAUGACUGAGAAUGUUGAAUCAUGGCGGCUGCAUCAUUUCAUGAAACUUAAAGCUUUUGAUAGAUUUAAACCACUAUGCUCUCUGCAUCACACUGACCAAUGUGAAGUGGAUCAAGUCCUCUGGAGGAGUUUGUGAAAGAAAAGCAACAAUAGUCACACAGGAAUCCAAAAACUUCUGAUAGAAGUGGUAGCUGCUUACAGCACAGGCCUUAAUGUGAUGGACAUACUUAAUAAAUGGCAUACAUGUAGGUUACAUGUAGGUUACAUGUAGUGCUGGGGCUGCUCUUUGGAACACGGGUCAGGGUGCUAAUCAUUUGUGCACAAGCCAAAAAUCAAUAUGAAGUGUUUAUCAACUAUGACACAUAAGCAGAGAUCCAUGAGUCUUUGAUCAUUGUAAGACCCUUCAUGACAAACAAUGCGUUACCACGGCAACAGAGUGAAACGAAUACUGAAGCAUCAUUGAUGUCAUAAGGCAUUUGAAGUCAAUCUGUUAACUCAAUAGAAGUACAUUAAACUUUCGAAUGUGUCAUUUCUGUUUCCCAUCAGCUGGCGUCAUGACUUUGUGAAAAUAUUUUCACGGAAAUGUUCUUGAAACAGGCGCCAUUGACGCCGUACACCUAAAUAUCGUGUUUUUGGCAUAUUCUCCUCUUACUUUUCUUAAGAG